CGCCGGAGCAGUGCGUCACAGAGAGCCAGCAGAGGCAGGAUCCCCUCGACACGCAGACACACGCAGACACACACAGACACACACACAGGAGACGGCUUCUCCUCAGGCAGCACAUCUGGAUCCCUCCACAGGCAGGGACACCUUCUUCUUUUUGUUGUUGUUGUUGCGCUUUUGGACUUUAUUCCCUCCUUCACUGAAGAAGCAGUUUUUCAUCUAUAUACUUUUUUUUAACUUUUAUUAAAUUCCUCAUUCGGGUUGUUUCGUUUGUGACACAGCGAGAGAGGAUCCUGAGCCACAGCUGGGGAAUCUAUCUCCUGCGCUAUAUGGAUAAAUAAUCGCCUCCAUCUGUAACUGCACUCAGAGUUUCAUCUCGGACGCUGCUUCCUGCCCGCAGACGCGAAAUGAAAUCGGCUGAAGAGGAUGCAUAUGGCUACACGCCAAAUGUCAGUCUGUCCCUCACGCUGGGCAACCCCUGUCUUCCGUCCCAGUACCACAGCCUCCAGUCCAGCCCCGUCAUUUCUGUGUCUGUCCCCGAGCCUCUCGUCUACGACACCCAGGACGACAUGAGGGCCGCCGGGUAUUACUCGUCCCCGAGCAGCCGCCCAAACGGAGCGCCGACCCUGGAGAGCCCUCGUAUCGAGAUCACAGCGUACGGUCAGUUUCCUGAAGACGCGGUGGAGGAGAGCAGCCUUCCUGUGGCCAAGCGAGUCAACUCCAUCGUGACCCUGACCCUUCCCAGUGGAGAGGGGUACCGCGACCCCAGCUGCCUGAGUCCGGCCAGCAGCAUCUCGUCUCGCAGCUGCCACUCUGACGCUUCCUACGAAUCCAGCUUCUCCUACAACUACGACAACUCGCCCCAGAACUCCCCCUGGCAGUCUCCCUCCGUGUCCCCCAAGGGCUCCACCCUCGCCCUGCCGGGUGAUGGCUGUGCCGCCGGUGGCUCCCCCUCCACCUCUCCACGCACGAGCAUAACAGAUGACACCUGGAUGGGUCAGCGUGGCUCCAGGCCCAACUCCCCUUGUGGCGCAAAGAGGAAGUACAGCUUGAACGGCAGCAGGGCGCCGCACAAGCACUACCCCUACUCCCCCAACCACUCCCCUGGACUGUCUCCACAGACCUCCCCUCGCCUCAGCGUCACGGAGGAAAGCUGGCUUCCAAACACCAACCAGUACACCAAUUCAGCCAUCCUGGCGGCCAUUAACGCCCUGACCACAGACGGAGUGGUCGACCUCGGGGAGGGAAUUCCCAUGAAGGCCAGGAAAACCAGCCUGGAGCACAACCCCACCGUCAGCCUGAAGGUGGAGCCAGGGAGCGAGGAGCUGAGUCCGGGGCACCUUUGCGAUGACGAGCACUCGAACCGCAUGUUGUUGAAGAAGGAAGGAUACUGCGGCGGGUUUCUGGACGUGCCACAGCAUCCGUACUCCUGGUCCAAGCCAAAGCAAUAUGUAAGCCCGUCCCUGCCGGCUCUUGACUGGCAGCUGCCGUCCAGCUCGGGGCCGUACAGCCUGCAGAUCGACGUGCAGCCCAAGUCCCACCACCGGGCCCACUACGAGACGGAGGGCAGCCGGGGGGCGGUGAAGGCCAUGGCAGGAGGACACCCCGUCAUCCAGCUCCACGGCUACAUGGAGAGCGAGCCUCUGACCCUGCAGCUGUUCAUCGGCACGGCUGACGACAGGCUGCUGAGGCCUCACGCCUUCUACCAGGUCCACCGCAUCACGGGCAAGACGGUGUCCACCCCGAGCCACGAGGCGCUGCACAACAACACCAAGGUGCUGGAGAUCCCACUGCUGCCGGAGAACAACAUGCGAGCCAUAGUCGACUGCGCCGGGAUCCUGAAGCUGCGGAACUCGGACAUCGAGCUGCGGAAGGGCGAGACGGACAUCGGCCGCAAGAACACGCGUGUGCGGAUGGUUUUCAGGAUCCACAUCAACCAGACCACCGGGAGAACGCUGUCCCUGCAGGCUGCGUCCAACCCCAUCGAGUGCUCCCAGAGAUCGGCCCAGGAGCUGCCGCUGGUGGACAAGCAGAACCUGGAGACGUGUCCCGCCCACGGGGGGGAGAGGAUGCGCCUGGACGGACACAACUUCCAGCACGACUCCAAAGUGGUGUUCGUGGAGAAGGCUCAAGAUCAAGAGAAAGAGAAAGCACUGGUUUUCUCAGUGGUUUGCUCUGGUCUGGGCCGGUAUCUGCUGGUGGUGGUUCUGGUUCCGAGCUCUGAGUCCGACGCUCUUUAG